ACCUAAUCAGUUGAACAGACCUUCACGCCACCUUCCGUGAAAUCAAUACAUUAGACACGUCGAAAUGUCGCUAACCCGCUCCCUACAACCUGCCCGACAGGCCAUCCGAACCACCUCGGCCCGCUGCACACGGACACCCUGUGCUCGAUACUUCAGCGCCGACCAAGCCCUCGAUCUGAACUCGGCUCCACCUUCAGCAUCUUCACAUGCCUCGUCAUCUACCUCGACGGACCCGACGCAUUUCCUCAUCACGCUCAAACGAUCCUCGAUCGGUCUCCCUAAACAGACCUCUGGAACGCUCGAGGCGCUCGGUCUGGGCAAGAAGCUGCAUCGAUCCGUGCUCCACCCGUUCUCCGCCGACGUGGCCGGACAGAUCUUGGCAGUCAAGGAACUCGUCCAGGUCAGGAAUGUGACCGAGGAGGAAGGAUUGAGGAUCGUUACGGGGCAGGGCAAGAACGGAGAGAGGAGGGGAUGGGAGGUUGUGGGAAAGGCACCAGGGAACGUGAGAUUGUAGGAGGAGCAUGGUCAAGUUUAAAUGGAUGGACGCCAUGGCAGUAUUUGGCUACCCCGCGGGCACCCCUGUAUCAUCUAUAUCACCGUGCGGCGUACGAUGUAUAUCAUCCCGUACAACGGCCCAUUCAGUAUGCAGACAGCCGUCACAAUUACAUAUCAGCCUGGCGAAUCUAUCAUGCGGAAAUCUAGAUCCACGGUUUUUCAUUCAUACACAAGACAAUCGUCAGGUGGAGUGGCCGCUGUUUGUAGGCGGGGUCGAGUUGGAAAUUACUUGUCAAGAGAUCAGAGAACGUUCGAACGCAUCAGAUCCCGCAAAGCCCUAUAACCCUGUCGCACUAGCCACUCUGCAUGAACCGCCCACAUCACGAACCAAUAUCUAACGGGAUGACCAGGCCCUUGCAAAUCAUGACCCAGUAGCCG